AUGUUUAACUCAUUUUUUCGUAAUUGGCUUGCCGUAGAAGAUCCACCAACAAAAGUACUUGAAGUACGAUCAGAUAAUUACGUUUCUCGACCAAUUUACUACAGAGAUGACUCAAUGUUAUUAUAUGGACCAAAAGUUCCUAAUGAUGGAAAAAAUAAUAAAGAUAAAUAUUAUGAAAUCGUACUACAUAAACCAUUUACUGAGAGCUUGCAUCAAAUGUAUAGCCUAUUUCGAUCUGAAAGUCGAGAGAUAUCUGAGGAAAAAUUUAUAAUUUUCAAAGACAGAAUACCAGUCUAUGUUAAAAUAACUAAGGAGUGUACUGUACCAAGUUUACAAAAGCUAUGUGACAUACUAAGUGAACAUAAGUCCUGGACAGUUGCCCAUAUUGUUGCACAUUUUGGUCAAUAUGAACUCCUUAAUGAACCAGACGUCCAAAAGGAUAUCAAUGAGUUGGAUCCUGCUACUGGAGCCUCAUCACUUAUGGUUGCAAUAAGAACCGGUAAUGUAAGGAUGGUGCAUAGUCUGAUCUCAAUGGAUUGUUCUUUGGAUAAAAUUGACCAUGAUGGAAAUUCAGUUUUACAUUAUGCAGCUGCUAGCAACAAGGAGGUUAUUAAUGCUCUGGCUAGCAAGACGUCAAACUCUCUAAACAUAUUUAACAAGCAAGGUUACACUCCACUGCACAUGGCAUGUCUUGCGGAUGCACCUGAUUGUGUCAGAGCUCUAUUACUCGCAGGAGCUGAUGUGAAUCUUACAGCAGCCAAACGCACUGCUAGUACUACACAAGCAAUACCAGGUAUUGUUGGAGAUGUAGUUCAAGAUAACAGACCUAAAUUGUUUCAAGAAGAUAUGAAGCGUGGGGGUACGCCUCUACACUGGGCGCUAUCCCGUGAAGUGAUCGAGGCUCUAGUGGAUAAAAACUGUGAUAUAAAUGCGCUUAACUUUGACGGGAGAACCGCCCUACAUAUUAUGGUGUUGCGAGGGAGGCUAGAAUGUGCAACAGCUCUACUAUCAAGAGGAGCUGAACAUUCAAUAGGCGAUAACGAGGGCAACACUCCGUUGCAUUUAGCGGUUAAACAAACAAACACGUCUAUCGUCCAGGCGUUGGUUGUGUUUGGGGCAGAUUUGGAGGCCAAAAAUAAUUCUGGUCAAACCGCUAGGCAUUUGGUUCCAACUGAGAUGUCUAAUAGCAAUUAUGACGCCAUACUGUAUAUUUUACAUGCAGUUGGAGCACAACGAUGCGCUUCCGACGUACCGGGAUGUGGGCCAUCUUGUUCGUCCCGGGGUGAAUAUAACGGGGUGCCUCCUCCACCAAUAGCUAGGGCUGCCACUCGCGAUAUGAUCUGCGAUAUGCUGACAGCAGCAACUAUGGAUAGAGCAGUGACCCAGGACACUCUUAAGAACGAAGGGCGCUUACUCUGUCUCGACGGCGGUGGCAUCAGGGGCUUAGUGCUAGUUCAAAUCUUGCUUAAUCUCGAAGCGGCUAUCGGAAAACCAAUAAUCCACUGUUUUGAUUGGGUUGCUGGUACCAGUACUGGCGGAAUUCUAGCGCUGGCCCUAGCGACUGGCAAAACACUGAGGGAAUGCCAGAUGUUGUAUUUUAGGAUGAAAGAAUUUGCCUUUGUUGGAAUGAGGCCGUACCCCUCUGAAGCGCUCGAGAGUAUAUUGAAGGAGUGUUUGGGUACGGAGACAGUUAUGGCGGACAUAGAUUAUCCAAAACUAAUGAUAUUAGCAGUAUUAGCAGAUAGGAAACCGGUAGACCUUCACAUCUUUAGGAAUUAUCAAUCUGCAGAAGACAUUCUCUGUCAGUAUAAUGGGACGUUAAGUCCUCAAGCAGAGGCAGGUGAAAAAUCAUCGGUAGUAGUGUUAGCGGAGCCGCCUCCCCCUGCACAGCAGUUAGUGUGGGAGGCAGCGCGGGCGUCUGGUGCAGCACCGUCAUAUUUCCGCGCGUCCGGCAGAUACCUAGAUGGUGGACUUAUGGGUAAUAAUCCCACACUCGACGCGCUCACCGAACUAGCUGAAGUUAGGUUGGCGCUAGAAGCGACGGGGCAACACGAAGCAGCUAAAAAAACUCGCCUAAAAGUUGUUGUAUCUUGCGGAACGGGGAUAAUUCCAGUCACUAAGUUAAACGAUAUAGACGUCUUUAAGCCAGAAAGUAUCUGGGAUACUGCCAGGCUUGCAUUGGGACUGUCUUCUAUUGGGAAACUAUUGGUUGAUCAGGCUACUCAAGCGGACGGGCGAGUUGUAGAGCGCGCUCGCGCCUGGUGCCACUCACUCGGCGUCCCCUACUACCGUUUCUCGCCUCAAAUGUCCCGAGAUCACGCCAUGGACGAACGGUCCGACGAACAUCUUGUCUGUAUGUUGUGGGAGACGCAGACCUAUAUGCGUGACCAUCGGGACAGAGUGGCUGAACUCGCUGCUAUGCUGGCUGACGGCACAAAGAAAUAA